UGCAGCAGAAGCAACAGAAGUUCAACCUGGAGCCGCUUCCCGAGGAAAAACCAAACUUAUUAUCUGCUUUUUUUAGUUUUAUGCUCACUCCCUGGCUCUGACACGACCAGGCUGUCAUUAGGAGAGACAUUUCUAAAUGUGAUGACAAUGCUGGGUAUGUACGUGCCAGACAGAUUCUCCCUGCAAGCCUCAAAGGUCCAGUAUGGGAUCGGUCUGUACACGGCGAGACGCGUGAAAAAGGGAGAAAAGUUCGGGCCGUUCGCAGGUGAGAAGAAGCUUCCAGGUGAGCUGGAGGAAAGCUCGGACACCCGGCUCAUGUGGGAGGUCCGUGGCAGUAAAGGAGAUGUUCUGUAUAUUCUGGAUGCUAGUAAUCCGCGCUACGCCAACUGGCUGCGGUUCGUCCACCAGGCGCCUUCACAGGAGCAGAAGAACCUGGCAGCCAUACAGGAUGGAGAGAACAUCUUUUAUCUGGCCGUGGACGACAUCGAGACGGACACAGAGCUCCUGAUUGGCUACCUGGACAGUGACAUGGAGGAAGAGGAGGAGGAGGAAGAGGAGGAGGUCAUCAGGGAUGACGACGAAAACAGUAAAGACGCUAAGCACCUUGUUGAAAUGGAACUGGUCAUAAAGAAGGAGGACCACCCCUGCUUGCUGUGUGAGAGCAGCUUCCCCAGUGAGGAGAUCCUGGCCGCCCACCUCCAGAGUCUGCACCAGAGGCCCAGCACGGAGGAGAAGGAGUUCAAAUGCAAGAACUGUGGCAAGAAGUUCCCCGUCAAACAGGCUCUGCAGCGCCAUGUUUUGCAUUGUUCUGAAUCACUGGACCCAUCAGGAGACUCCAAAGCUCACCAGUGCUCCCUCUGCCACAGCACCUUCAGCUCAAUAUCCAGCUAUGAACAGCACAAGGAGGCCUGUAGAGGAGACGCCCGGUUCAUCUGUAAAGCGGAGAGCUGUGGAAAAAGAUUCAAGAGCAAGGACGCUCUGAAGAAGCACAAAGGAAACGUUCACACAGGGAGUUCUCGUCGGAAACUCACAUGCACCAUAUGCAACAGAAAAUGUUCCUCCUCUCUGAACCUACAGGAACACAGAAAGGUUCAUGAAAUACUCGACUGCCACGCCUGUGACAAGAAGUUCAUAUCCACAAACCAGCUGAAACGUCACAUGAUCACACACUCGGAGAAGCGGCCGUACACCUGUGAGAUCUGCAGCCGCUCCUUUAAACGCCUGGACCAGGUGACGGCUCACAAGAUCAUCCACAGCGAGGACAAACCGUACAAAUGUAAGCUGUGCGGGAAAGAGUUCGCCCACCGCAACGUCUACAAGAAUCACAAGAAGACCCACUCCGAGGAGAGACCCUUCCAGUGUGAGGAGUGCAAGGCUCUGUUCAGAACGCCCUUCUCUCUGCAGCGGCACCUACUCAUCCACAACAGUGAGAGGACGUUCAAGUGCGACCAGUGCGACGCCACCUUCAAGAGGAAGGACACGCUCAACGUCCACAUCCAGGUGGUGCACGACGGACACAAGAAGUACAAGUGCGACCUCUGUGAGAAGGCCUUCGUCACGCCGUCCGUCCUCAAAAGCCACAAGAAGACACACACAGGAGAAAAAGAGAAGAUCUGCCCGUACUGCGGACAAAAGUUUGCCAGCAACGGCACUCUGAGGGUCCACAUCCGGAGCCACACAGGUGAGCGUCCGUAUCAGUGUCCCUACUGUGACAAAGCCUUCAGCAAGAACGACGGCCUGAAGAUGCACAUCCGCACACACACUCGGGAGAAGCCGUAUAAAUGCAGCGAAUGCAACAAAGCCUUCAGCCAGAAGAGAGGACUGGACGAACACAUGAGGACCCACACCGGAGAGAAACCUUUCCAGUGUGAUGUGUGCGACCUGUCGUUCAGCUUGAAGAAGAUGCUCAGCAGGCACAAGCUCACACACAACCCUAACCGGCCCAUGGCAGAGUGCCAGCUGUGCCACAAGAAGUUCACCAGGAACGACUACCUCAAAGUGCACAUGGAGAACGUCCACGGGGAGACGGAGUAGCUACAGCCAAUUAUGGAGACCGCUGGAUGGAGACGAUAUCUGAUUCCUCCGAUAAG